AUGGAAUCUCCUUUGAACAUAGGAGAUUUGACCACCAACUCCAUACUGAAUCGAUUACAUGAUACUCAUAUAAGAACAUCAAGUAUAUCAAGUGUUAGUUCAGCAGUUUAUGCGGGUCAAAAAUUCAUUCAACUCGCGUUAACUUUACAACAUAAUGGUAAACCAGAUGAUACCAUUAUUAUCUUAAGACGAGUGCAAGAUUCAUUUGUUAAUAUCACUCAAUUACUUGCUAUCUUACAGAAACUAAAUCAUUUCACCAGUGAUCAAAUCACAAAGUUUCUUAAUAAUGAAGUCAUCACUAAUAUAGAGUAUCAUGGAAAUUCUCAAUAUUUGGAUUUUAGUAAGCAUAAUAAUCACGCUUUAAGAGGAUUAUGGAUACCUUAUGAUAAGGCCGUCAGUUUAGCAUUAAGAUUUGAUGUUUAUGAAUUCACUAAGAAGUUAUUUUUAGUUGAUGUUCAUGAAUUUGAUGAAUUACCAAAACAAACAAAAAGAUUUUACUCUGCUGAUGACGAUGAAGAUGGUGAAAAUGUGGAUGCCAGUCUUAUGGGAUCACCUACUAAGAAACAAAAGUUGGCAGUGAAGGAAGAUAGUACUGUUAAGACCACAAACAAAAAGAUUAAUCGAUCUUUGGUGGAUAAAUUCGUAUCUCUGAAUAGUAAUUAUCCAUUCACUUUACCAACCAUUACUAAUAAUGAUAGUAAUGUUCAAAUUGCUAAUGAAUUAAAAUCUAAACUUGGUGAAGUAUUCAAAUUAGAUUCCGAAGAAGAAAACAACGUUGGAUUCGUUGAACUUAAAACAAUCUUUCAACCUAUUCUUGAUAAAUAUUCUUCAACCUCAAUCACCGAUAUUCCCUUAGAUCAAAAUGGUCAAACUGCUUUACAUUUCGCAGCAUCUUUAGCCUCCCUGAAUUUAAUAUCUUCAUUUAUUGAAUUAGGAUUAAAUUCUCCCAUUAGAGGUAAUAUUCGUGGAGAAUCACCUUUAAUAUCCGCUAUUCAAGUUACCAAUUCAAUGGAAAAGGGAAAUUUUAGUGAAUUAUUAACUAAUUGGUUAUUCCCCAAUUUAGAAUUAUUUGAUAACAAGAAAUGGUCAUUUUUACAUCAUUUAGCAUUUCAAUCUCAAAAGAAAUUUGAUAGUUCGAAAUUUUAUCUUAUUAAGAUUAUUGAAUAUAUCAUUACUAAAGAUAAAUUAUUUCAUGAAUUGAUUUCAAAUAUUAUAAACACUCAAGAUCAAGAAAAUGGUGAUACUUGUUUACAUUUAGCAGUUGAAAGUGAAUCAAGUUGGUUUAUAAAGAUCUUUUUGGAACUUGGGGCUGAUAUUACUAUUGCUAAUAAACGAGGUAUUAAACCUUCUGAUUUAGAUAUUGUUAAACAUGCCGCUGAAGAUCAAGAAGAAACGAAUGAUCAUAUUUUUGAAUUGAUUCAAACUAGUGUUGAAUUUUUAAAUAAAAGACUUCAAAUUAAUGGAAAUAUACUGGAUUUAGAAGAACCUAAUGUUAUAACGUCAACUGUUGCUGCUCCUGCUACUUCUAAAGAUACAGCUGAUAGUAAUAGUUCUAGUAAGAUAUUCCAAAGUAUUCAACAAUUGUUAACUAAUACCAAUGUCGAAUAUGAUUCCAUACUUUCAUCUAAGAAGCAACAAAUAAAGAGUUUAAAUGAUGCUUUACAUAAUACAACCAUAGUAACUGCCAAUAAUAGAUUUCUUACUAAGAAAGUGGUUGAAAAAUUAGUUCAACUUGAUAAUUUGAAAUUAAAAAUGGCUAAUAUCAAUGAUAGAUUACUGUUAAUUAAAUCGGAAGGAAGUAGUGUGGUUGAAGAAGGUGAUGAAGAUGAUCAUAAACAAUUUGAUGCUGAUGAACCAUUCAUUAUAAGACCUAUCUAUGAUAGAUUAAUUAAAAAGGAAUCAGUUGAAGAUCUUAAAUCAAAUGAAGAACUUUUAAGUCUGUUACAACCUGUUCCUAUUUUAAAAGCCAGAAUAAAAGCUUAUAAACAUAUUAAUGCCAAAUUAGAACUGGAUUUAAAAGAAUUAAUGGAUUAUAGUGAAUUGGCAGCUAAAUUUAAGAAGGUGGUUAGUAUUUGUACUGGAGUUGAUAUUAAUGAAGUUGAUGAAUUACUUGAUGGAUUAUUAGAAGCGGUUGAAGGUCAACAAUAA